CUGAAAUAACCACCUUGUCCCGUGCAUUUCGUGUGGCUUGGAAUCUGGAUAUGGUGUGGCAGAAGAGAAACCCUGCGUGAGUGACAAGCACGGACUCGAGAGAAGGUUGGACCAGAGAGCAGGGCGUUCACGGGAACAAGGAGCCGCGUUGCACGAUAAGGGCGCUGCUGGAUGGUUGCAGAAGCAGGGUGGCCACUUUGAGAGGGGUUUGCAGCGCGGGGUGGACUUGGCGUCCACGAAGCUGCGUAGGCUGAGUCUAGAAUCUACUAGAGGCAGUCUUUGAAGUAUUCUCAGGCAUCAUGGCUUUGGCAGGCUGCAGCCGUGCAACCCUCCCUGCUUUCAGGGCGGUCGCUUUUUCCCCUGCCAGCAGCCACGCUCCCAGGAGCGACAAUGCGGCAUUCAGCCCCAUCUCCCAUAGUUCUUCCUUUGUCGCUCCUCUUAGGGUUAGGUCUGUGCCCUCUGCUCGCAGCAGACGGCGGCCUGAUGGGGGGAGGGCUGUGCCAUCUGUGGUAGCGGUGGCAAUGCAGGAUACAGAGGGGGGUGAUGGUCCCAAGAUUUAUCCUCCCGGCCUGGGCAGAUACGAGUCGAUGAUCAUCUUGAGGCCUGACAUCACGGAGGAGGAACGGCAAGCUUUGAGCGAGCGGUACGAGGAGACUCUUAUCGGGACUGGGGCGCUUGACGUGGAGCUGUUUAACCGGGGGAUGCAGCCACUGCAGUACCCAAUCAAGAAGAGGAGUACUGCUGGGCUCACAACCAGAUACCUCGACGGGUGGUAUUUGCUGUUCACAUAUGUUACCAAGCCGGAAGCGAUCAAGGAGCUCACGAGCCAGUUCAAGUUCGAUGACGAUGUUAUUCGGGCGCUUACGUUCCGGAGGGAUAUGUAGAGGGGAUGGACGAAGUUGUAGGACGAGUUGACGACGUAGAAAGGGUAUUGAAGCACGUGACCAGCAUACAGUACGCAGCAUGUUUGUAGCUCGGGCAGCCAACCAAGUCUGGUUUGGCUGUCAAAGAGCCACGUAACACUGCAACGCAUCUUGGCAGAUUUGCCUUCACUCCUGUACUGCAAGGUCGUUGUUUUUGUGCUAUUUCUCAGCUUUCAUAUUUACUUGCCGGCCCGCAGGUGAGACACUGAUUCGCUGUCGGAAUGCAUUCAAUUUCCCUAAGC